UAAUUUGGAAAUCUUUUGAAAAAAAUUAAUGUAUAUAGGGCCUAUAGGGCCUAUAUAUAUAUUAAUUCUGGAGACGUCAGAAGAGAGAUUAAGAGCUGUUGGAUUUGCCUAAUGUAAAGUGGGCGAGUCUAAAGACCAAAUAAUAGACCAGAUAGGAUUUAAUUGGCACGAUAAGAGUUCAUUGAAAUUGUAUUUUGUCCACGGUGACCAUUCAAGGAUGAAGUUUGUGAUCAGAGCCGCACAUGCAAGCGGUUGCCGACGCGGGGCGAUGGUGGAGUUUGCCCGACACCCAGACAAGGUGGUGGAAACCCCAGUUUGUUCUCUCUACACCCGAGGAGGGAGCGUGCCACAUCUCACCCCCGACAUAUGGGAGAAGCUGACAAAUAUGCCAUCAUUGGUACAGAUGCCAAUGCCUUUACUGGUUGAACAUCAUGAAGCUGUGAGAGGUUUCCAGAAGGGCUUGGGUGGUAUCACUGCGAUGCAUGUGAGUUGA